GCUCGAGACGGGUGUUUCAUGCCCCCCCGCCAUAAGCGAGGGCUCGACAGGCAGCAGCCACAUAGACGACCCUGUGCCUGUCACUCAAACUGACCGCACUCGCGCCUGUGUGACUCUGAUUGACCCGUCAUCGCGACCGUCAGUGCGUCGCUGCAUGACGCCGCGUGAAGAAUCUGCCGCGCCAUCCCGCGGACCUCUCGCUGAUGAGCCGCGGAGCAUGACCCUGCUGCUGCUGCUUCUCGUAUCACGUGUUGCGCACGCGCGUGCGUGCAUAGCAUGCGUCACGUACGAUCUGGUGCUGCAUGCAGACCCAGCCAGCGUAAGGUCGAGAAUGUUCUCAGUAUUCCGCGUGCGAAUACGAAUUCCUAUGCCUUCUUCGCGAGCGCGCGAGGGACUCGUGACUUCCAGAAGCUUUUUUGGCGGGCUGCGCUGGAUUGUCGCUCAUCGCUGCAGCGUUGCGCACAGACGCUUCAAAGAAAUCUGCGGGCGCGCGCUCCACAACAUCUUCGAGUCUGAUGAGUCGAGUGCCUGCUGCAUGGGCUGCCAGUUCUGUCCAGCAGUCGCGAGUCGUGAGUUCGAAGGUCCAGAGUCCAGCCGUCGCUUCCAUUCACGACCACCGCAUACAAGCUUGACUGCCAUCGAGGGAGGACACACUAGCAUACACGAAGCCUUCGAUCACGCAAAGCGCAACUGCUGCUAGACGCCGCAACCGAUUCAUCACUCGCAAGCAACGCAUCCUUGAGGGGCACUACUAAUCCCACCAUGGCUCCCAUCGCACCCCCCGUCUUUUGGGCUCAGCGUUCUUCAGAGUCAGAGCCCGAAAAGGUGAGUCGGUAGCGCGCUCGAGCACAACUGUAACGCGGGGCUCUGACGGUCCUCAUGCCCAUCCUCUUCUCUUCAUUCAGAACCUCGUCCUCCUGACCAUCGAGGCACCAAACCUUCCGCCCAAGCCUGCGACAAAGGUGGAUCUGCAAUCUGACGGCUUCGCUUUUGAGAGCAAGGUUCAGGGCGAUAAGUCCAAGAGC